CCUCGGGCUCCUUUAAGAGGCGGGGCUUGGCCACCAGUCCCCGCGGCUGGGGCCAAGGGCUGGGACUUUACUCCAGCGGCUGAGGCAAGUGAGUCGGAGCUCCAUCAGCUGCCGCAACCGCCGCGCCCAGAGGCUGAGCCAGGAUGAGCGGCAGAGUCGGAGACCUGAGCCCCAAACAGAAGGAGGCUCUGGCCAAGUUUCGAGAAAAUGUCCAAGAUGUGCUGCCCACCCUGCCGAAUCCAGAUGACUACUUUCUCCUUCGUUGGCUCCGAGCUCGAAGCUUUGACCUGCAGAAGUCGGAGGCCAUGCUUCGGAAGCAUGUGGAGUUCCGGAAGCAAAAGGACAUUGACAACAUCAUCAGCUGGCAGCCUCCAGAGGUGAUCCAACAGUAUCUGUCUGGGGGCAGGUGUGGCUAUGACCUGGAUGGCUGUCCAGUCUGGUAUGACAUCAUUGGGCCUCUGGAUGCCAAGGGUCUGCUGUUCUCCGCCUCCAAGCAGGACCUGCUUAGGACCAAGAUGCGGGACUGUGAGCUGCUUCUGCAGGAGUGUGCCAACCAGACCACAAAGCUGGGGAAGAAAAUAGAGACCAUCACCAUGAUUUAUGACUGUGAAGGACUUGGCCUCAAGCAUCUCUGGAAACCUGCUGUGGAAGCCUAUGGAGAGUUUCUCUGCAUGUUUGAGGAAAAUUAUCCUGAAACACUGAAGCGUCUGUUUGUUGUUAAAGCCCCUAAGCUGUUUCCUGUGGCCUAUAACCUCAUCAAGCCCUUCCUGAGUGAGGACACUCGUAAAAAGAUUAUGGUCCUGGGAGCAAACUGGAAGGAGGUUUUACUCAAACAUGUCAGCCCUGACCAGUUGCCUGUGGAAUAUGGAGGCACCAUGACCGACCCUGAUGGAAACCCCAAGUGCAAAUCCAAGAUCAACUAUGGGGGUGACAUUCCCAAGAAAUACUACGUGCGGGACCAGGUGAAGCAGCAGUAUGAGCACAGCGUGCAGAUUUCCCGAGGCUCCUCCCACCAAGUGGAGUAUGAGAUCCUUUUCCCUGGCUGUGUCCUCAGGUGGCAGUUUAUGUCAGAGGGGGCAGACGUUGGUUUUGGGAUAUUCCUGAAGACAAAGAUGGGAGAACGGCAGCGGGCAGGGGAGAUGACAGAGGUGCUGCCCAACCAGAGGUACAACUCCCACAUGGUCCCUGAGGAUGGGACUCUUACCUGCAGUGAUCCAGGCAUCUAUGUCCUGCGGUUUGACAAUACCUACAGCUUCAUCCAUGCCAAGAAAGUCAGUUUUACUGUGGAGGUCCUGCUUCCAGAUAAAGCUGCGGAAGAGAAUAUGAAUCAGCAGGGGACAAACAUCUCAAAAUAACAGCUCUCCUCCAGCAGCAGCCCUGGUCCUCCAGUGUCUCCCUGUCAGUUUCUUUGUAAUAGUCAUUUUCCUACAGCCUCAUAGCCCAAAGAAACUGGGCUGGAGGGAAGGCUUCAGACUGGAUCUGGGAGAUUUGGUUUUACCAUUAGAAGACGACAAAUAGGUAGAUUGGGUCUCCUUGCUUUUCAGAUUACUAAGGAGGUCCCAGAGACUAGUUGUCGGGAUAGGAUCUGUCUCUCCUGUAAUCCCAGUCACUUCUCCUGCCCAGUGUCAGCUAAAACAAGAAGGGGAGGGGGGUGCACAGUGCGACAGCAGGGAAUUAAAAAAAAGAGGAGAGAUCAGGAUGUAAUACUCAGGGAAACCAGCUGUGGAGAGAAACUUGCUCCCAAAUGAACAUGGAAGAAAGCGUCCAUGAUCGUAAUGACGGUGGCAAGGUAGCAGCCUGUUACGAGUGAUGGUGGGGAUCCAAAACUCUUCCAAAGUUUUUGUCAUAAGGCUUGUGUGUCUCUUGGCUUUUCCCCUGGUCUCAGGAGUGGCCCAAGUCAGCACAGAUCUUCCCACUGGAAAGCAGAUGGGCAGGCCUCUUUUUCCCCUUGCGAACUUCAGCAUCUGCCAGGCCCACUGGCUGCCUGUUUAAUCACUAAAGACUGCCAGUGACGCAGAGCUUUGUGGGACUUUGGUACCGAGCUACUGCUCCAAUGCAAAAACAAAAUAAAGCAAAACAAAACAGAACCCCCACAAAACCUCCAAAAGCACAAGGGUAAUUACCUCCAGGGAACACAGCUGUGGAAGGGCCAAUGAGGCUGUGGGUGGGUCCUAAGCCUCCCACUAGUAAACCUCCAUUUCAGCACCCCAGACAAAAAUGACAAGUGAGAUCCAGACAGCACUUGGAGAGGGCAUUUUCCAGUCCGAGUCUUCCACAGUGCCUGCCAACAGGCUUCCUGACUGACCUGUGCAAGGGCUUAACAGGCCUACUUCCGUGGAGGCACCUAACGGGGUGCAGUGCAUUUCCCGCGCAUGUGGACGCGAGCAGGGAGGCUGCCCGGGCAGGUGGCCAAAAGCCGGGCAAACAGCUCGCAGAGCCAGGAGCAGAGGGCAACUGCAGCACUUGAGCCAACAGGCCCUGAGAACGAACGCCAUGGCCUGAGCUGCCCAGAACCCCAGACCAUAGCGGGCCCAGGCUGACAGGCUCCAGUCACGUUACUCAGGAGGAUAUUCUGGCCUUGGUUUACAACGCCGUUAGGUACAUUAACCAAUGAAUAAAGCAAUUUUCAAUACA